AUGAACCCUCCGGCGCCAGGGGACUUGGAGGAGUUGAAGCAGGAGGAGACGACGAGGCCGCAGCGGAAGGUGACGCGGCAGGGGAAGCGAGUGAGGCGAGUGAAAUCGAAGCGAGUGGAGAUGAAGGAAGUGAUUGGAUUUUUGUCUUUAGAACUAGAAAAGUGCAUAGACUCCCUUGUGGCCAAGCUUACCACUGUUAGACUUCUCAUUGCCCUUGCAGCCUCAAACAAUUGGUUUCUACAUCAACUUGAUGUAGACAAUGCUUUUCUACACGGGGAUCUUAGUGAAGAGGUUUAUAUGCAACCACCCCCAGGUCUGAAUAUCCACAAUGAAGGACAGGUUUGCAAGCUAACUAAGUCUCUAUAUGGUCUGAAACAAGCCAAUAGGCAAUGGUUUGAAAAACUAUCCUCUUAUCUAACUUUUGUCAAUUAUAACCAAUCUAAAUCCGACCACUCAUUGUUCAUUAAAAGAACAGCUACAGGCUUUACUGCUUUACUUGUAUAUGUGGAUGAUAAUGUGUUGGCAGGAAACUCUAUGGAGGAAAUUAACUGCAUAAAGGAACUUUUACACAAAAAGUUUCGAAUAAAGAACCUUGGAGAGCUCAAAUACUUCCUAGGAUUGGAAGUGGCCAGAUCUAAAAAAGGAAUUCACCUAUGUCAAAGGAAGUAUGCAUUGGACAUACUUGAGGAAACAGGAACGCAGGGGUGCAAGCCUUCUUCUACCCCUUUCCUAAGAGACACAAGCCCACUAUACAAAAUGGACAACUACCUGGAUGAUCCUGACUUAUGUUUUUCAAUUAAUUUACUUAGCCAAUUCAUGCAAUCACCUACUAACCAUCAUUAUCGGGCUAUUCAACAUUUUUUUAGGUAUAUUAAAUCCACACCAUCUGAAGGAUUAUUUUUUGCUGCUGAUUCACCUAUGCAUUUAAAAUCCUUUAGCGACUCUAAUUGGGCAACAUGUCUCAGCACAAGAAGAUCUACUAUAGGGUUUUGCAUUUUCCUUGGGUCAUCUCUUAUUUCCUGGAAAUCUAAAAAGCAGAGAACUGUGUCCAGAUCCUCUACUGAAGCUUAA